GUAUUGACUCGCAGCGUCGCGUAAACGUUAUAUCUGUUGAACUGAACAGAUCAGUAGUGUUUUUCUUUAAACGAAAGUGAAAAAAAAAUAAGUUUUAGAAAAAAUGAACUCGACAAUAAAGGAAUUUUACAAAGAUAAGACGCUAUUCCUGACAGGUGGAAGUGGAUUUUUGGGAAGAGUGGUCAUUGAGAAAGUGCUACGGGCGACAGAGGCGUCACGUAUUUAUGUGUUAAUUCGAUCAAAGCGUGGAAAAAGUCCACAAGACCGCAUAGACGAAUGGAAAACAGAUCUAUUAUUUGGAGUACUACUCAAAACUCAACCAAAUGCUCUGGAGAGAAUUGUGCCCAUAUCUGGUGAUUGUGAAGAACCAGAUCUGGGAAUCAGUGCAGAUGAUCGUGAGCUGCUCAAGAAUGAGGUGCAAGUGGUGAUUCAUUGUGCAGCCACAGUGAACUUUGCUGAACCUUUGCACAAGGCAGUGGAUGUUAAUACUCGUGCAACUCAGCUUAUGUUGAAUCUGGCCAAGGAAAUGAGUCGACUUGUGGGAUUUGUCCACGUCUCCACAUCUUUUAGCAAUUGUGUAAUUCCACACAUUUUGGAACAAUACUAUCCGGACAAUCUGAUUGCUGGGGCAGAUAAGGUUUUACCGAUUAGAAAAGUUUGCGGCGAUGUUCUAUUAGACAAAAUGGCAUCGACUCUCAUGGGCAAGUUUCCUAACACCUACACUUAUACAAAGGCUCUGGCAGAACAAGUGAUUCAGACCGAGUCGGGAGAAUUACCGGUGUGCAUCUUCCGACCAGGUUCAAUUGUUGCAACUUACAAAGAGCCGAUGUCGGGAUGGAUAGACAACAUCUACGGACCCCUUGCUAUGGUUUAUGGUACUGCAAUUGGUGUCUUACGAAUUGCGCCUGUAAAUAUGAGAGCUCCCAAUGCCAUAGUGCCCGUCGACUACUGCGCCAACUGCAUUCUUGCUUGUGCAAUGCAAACGGCGAACGAAUCAGCUGAGAAGAGACGUCGCUCAUUGCCUCCGACUAUUUAUAAUUAUGUGGCCCAUAAGAGUAAUCCGAUAUCAAAUGGGACUUUCCAUGAUAUUUUGGCGAAGUAUCAACAUACUGUUCCAUUAGAACAGGCACUGUGGUAUCCAUUCUUACAUACUACAUCUUUUCUUUGGCUAUUCAAAUUAAUAGCAAUCUUCUAUCAUACGUUACCCGGUUAUGCCAUUGAUUUGGUGUUACGGUUGCAAGGCCAAAAGCCCCGUUUGAUUAAGUUGUAUACGAAGAUCCACAAAACUAUGAAUGCACUUGCCCAUUUUAGUACUGGAUACUGGACACAUGAAACGAUAAAUACGGAUCGUCUAUGGCAAUCACUUUCUGCAGCAGAUAAAGAGCAUUUCGAAUUCGAUAUGAGAAAAUUAGAUUGGGAUGAUUAUUUUAGACGCGCAAUGGUUGGCAUGCGAGUCUAUUUGGGCAAAGAGGAUCCAAGCGAAGAGGGUAUACAGCGUGCAGCCAAGCACUUAAAACGACUCAAAAGACGCCAUCGGGUAUUACAACUUGUCCUUUGUAUAUGUGGCAUCAUUAUUACUAAAUGGUUUGUUGGGUUGUUUCUUUAAAUAAUAAUUAUUAUAUUUACUUGAGGGCAAUUAAAAUCUUGUUUUUUUAAGUAAUUUGAAAAUAAAAAUAUCAUGCUGAUAAUCAACUUUA